AUGCGUGUCAGCGACUCCACUGAUGAGGACACUGGUUUUCUGGGUUGUUGCCCAGGGUUCGCUCCCAACCACUCCCCUAAUAUUUCCAUCAUCCACACUGACUCUAUUUAUCAUGCAGCUCAUUUAAUCCCUGUCUAUGGCACAUGUUUCAUCUCUUAUGACCUUAAAUUUCAUCAUUCCUACAAUUCUUUCCAGUUUUACUACAUAAACAAAUACACUGACCAUCACACAUUCAAGAUUGCUUUUUAG